AUGUCUGCGCUGCAGCAGUACGCCAACCAGCGCGUGCUCGUGCUCACGCAAGACGGGCGCGUCCUCGUCGGCACGCUCCGCGGGUCGGACUCGGUAGGUAGCAUCAUCCUCGCCUCAUCCAUCGAGCGGAUAUUCAGCGCCGACGAGGGCGUGGAGGAGGUGCCGCUCGGGCUGUACGUGCUGCGCGGAGACAGCAUCUGCCUGGUAGGGCCCCUGGAUAGUGAAAAAGACAAGGCGGUGGAUUGGACAAAAGUCAUGGCCGAGCCGAUAGCGGAGACCAGGCAUGUUUGA